UAUAACAGUGGGCAAACCGUAUCUCUCUUUGGCUAAAACUAUACUAAAAUCAUGACUACAGAAAUACCCGUUCUGCUGGCUGCCGUGUCUCUGUUUUCUGCCCUUCAAAUGGGGUACCUGGCGAGACGGGUGGGGCUGGCGAGAAUGACACACAAGGUCAUACCGCCCACUGUCACUGGACCACCGGAGUUUGAGAGAACAUUCCGGGCACAUCAGAACAAUGUUGAGUUGUACCCAGUCUUCCUAGUGGUGCUGUGGACUUCUGGACUGCUCUUCAGUGAAGUGCUUGCUGUUCUUGGAGGUGUUGUGUAUAUGGUGGCUCGACACAUGUAUUUCAAUGGAUACGUCAUGUCCACUAAAAAAAGGUUGCCUGGGUUUUACCUGACUUUGGGUGCCUUAUUCUGCUUGUCUGUGCUGAGCACCAUUGGUAUUCUUCAUGGCAUUCUCCUUGAAUACUUUUACAAAAUAGUUUCUAUGAUGGUGACACAUUAGCAAUGAAUAUUAACAAAUGGAUGGGGAAAAUGCCAUGGUAGUGACAUUUCUGUUUUGUGCUAUACAAUUGUGAAACUACUAAAUAAAAUAUAAAAAAAUGUUUU